AUGGACGACAAAUCGACCUUUCCAUACUGUUUGCUCGACGCGAUCUUAUUCGAAGUCGCAGGCAAGAGCGGCACCCAAGACUACAACUACCUUCUCCAUGACCUCGCAACAACAUUCGCCCACGUCCGCCAAAUGUUCCUCAGCAAACCCAACUCCCAGUUUUCCGACAUGGCCACCUACAUUCAAACACAUGGUUUGCACAACACUGCUGCUCUAAAACUCAGCCUGCCCGCCCUCUGCCAAGACUCCUUCUUCCCUUACAAGACUCCAGUCAAGUCCCGGCCCGGCGAGCCUCUUGGCGUCAAUGAUUAUAUCUAUCUACCGCCCUUGGGCAGUCGUCAAAUCAACGAGUUCUUGCAGAAGUAUGCCGACGAUGUCCCGAGCGAGUACCAGGACGAGAUUGCGGCGGUGAUCUAUUACUUACGAAUUAAUUGCUGGACGAAUCGACGAGGUACCGGAGGAUACGCGUCUUUUCUGCCUGAUGGGACCAUGGGUGUGACCAAGUAUUCGAAGGAUCACAACGACAAAAAGCGACAGAGAACGGCACGGGCUCAAGCACGCGAGUUGGAACAACAAAUGGCCUUGGUUCGACAACGUCAGGAGGAGGAGGAGGAAGAAGAGAAGAAGGCGAGACAGGAGACGGAGAAACGGGAACAAGAGAUUGAAAGUUUGCAGGUGGGGAUGGGAAGGACGAGUCUCCUGGACAUUCGAUUAGCCGAGAUGCAACGGAUUGAGGAACGCGCUAACGAGGCCCGGUACAGGAGCAUCAAUCGGUAUCUGGACCAACUCCGGCUUCAGGCGGCGACUGCAGGGACUCGGCGCAACGUGGAGAUGCUCCGUCAAGCCCUUGAGACACUUUUACGCCAUCACCACCAUCAACCGCAAGCCGAGGUCUGUCUGUUCGGAUCGUUCGAGUCAGGAUUGAGCACGCUCACUAGCGAUGCGGACUUUACAGUGCUCAACUUCAGGGACUUGGGCAGAGAACCCAUCCGCGAGCUGGCCAGCAACCUCGAAGACUCGGGCUGGGGUCCCAUCAAGACGAUCGCCAACGCCCGAGUCCCCAUCGUCUCAUUCACCGGCCACGGGAUCCGAUGUGACAUGAGCAUCAACCAACCCAUGGGCGUCUUCAAUUCUCAGCUCAUCAACGCCUAUCAACGGAUCGACCCUCGGUUUCUGGGAAUGUGGUUCGGCCUUCGCACUUUGGCGGACAAGAAUGGGAUUUUGAGCGGCAGCACAGGAUAUCUCUCUUCUUACGCGCUCACGAUGAUGUUAAUCGUUUUCCUCCAAGACAUCACCUCCCCGCCCGUCCUCCCAAGACUCCAGCAACAAAGCGCGGACAAGAUGAUCAGCCGCACGAUCGACGGCUACCACUGCGCCUUCGACAAGGAACCCAGGAACUACGCCACCUUGGCAGCCCAGAACACUAAAUCGGCAGGACAGCUAUUGACAGAGUUCUGCAUAUACUUUGGACACACAUUCGACUACACGACCUUGGAAGUCAACCCUCGCCUGGGUGUGAUCAGGGGCUGGAGUGUCCCAGCACCCCCACGGAGUAGAAGAGACAGCCGACCCAAGGAUUGGCGGAUGUUGGUCCUGGAUCCGUUCAUUACUGGCAGGAAUGUGGCGGGCAAUUGUCGUUCCAACCAUGUUGCUGACAUCCAAAAGUGUUUCCGGGAUGCGUAUGAGGCUAUUGUGAAAGACGAUAUCACCAAGGCGUUUAAAGUAUAA